GCGAGGACAUUGUCCCCCCCCCCCGAUCCGCCAGUGCUUGAGGUGCAAAGAAUGAAGUUGAAAUUCCCCGGGAUAUGAUCAGUUCAGCACACAAUUACACCGGAUGAAAUGCCUGAACUUAAAAACCAAUGGCAAACCAGGAAAUAGAGGGAAAUAUUUUACCAUCACAUGAAAACUGCGUGUAUACAAAGUGUUAUUGUGAAGAGAAUGUUUGGAAGAUGUGUGAGAUGAUAACCAGAAACAGUGGAACUAAUACAAUUCAAAGAUGUUUCGCUGUGUUUGUAUCUAAUCCACUAAGAAUGGUUCCACUAUGGUGUCAAAAGGCAAGUCCAGAUCCUCUCAAUAAACCAGUAUGCUGGGACUACCAUGUGUUCCUGGUGUACCCAUCACCCAGCUGUAGUCUCGUAUAUGACCUUGACACCAUACUGCCCUACCCUUGUACACUUGAUGAAUAUGUCUCAAACACCUUCAUCUCAGACAAUCAUCUGAAGCCAGACUAUCACAGGUUUUUCCGUGUGAUACCUGCUGUUGAUUACUUGAGAGUAUUUGCCUCAGACAGGAGUCACAUGUUGACGGAUGAAGGUACAUGGCAGGCAACCCCUCCAGAAUACCCCUGCAUACAAAGUGAAUGUAGUAAAAACAAUAUUCAGGAAUUCAUCAAUAUGGAGGCUGACAAAGGUUAUGGUCAUGUGAUGAAACUUGAACAGUUUGCUAGCAUCAUGAAAUCUCUAACAUUAUGGAAGAUCUAUGUACAAGACACUGGUACUACAGACACUAAGAUUGGUCAAUGUGACCACAUUCAAGAGUCAAAUGAUAUUAGUUUGACUAAUGGAUUAAUUGAUGAAAAAAGCUCUGACCUUAAUUUAUUGGAUAACACUUGAAAAUGGAUAACCAUAUAUCUGAAUCAUGAUGAAACGGAUUGCCAUAUGUCCCUAAUCUCAGUGAAAAUGGAUUACCAUGUCUGAGGCUCAAUGCAAGUAGAUUGCCACGUUUGGAUCACUUGAAUGCGAAUGAAUUGCAAUUAGAUCAUAUUUUGAGUUUCCACGUUUGGCCUCACAAUUUCUCUGAAUCAAGUGGGCAGUACCAUCCUUAGUAAGGAGGGUCUAAACUCUCAAGAUACAGAAUACCUUCUUUCUGGACCAGUUUUGGUUCAGCUAUGAAGAUAAGGUGAUGACACUUUUAGAACUCUAGGAACAGUCGUCGUGAUCAGGGCAUCUGUUUGUCCUGUUUAUAUGGAAAGAAUGCACCUUCAAGGUUUUUCAGAAUUCAGGGUAAAAAUCCAUGGCUGUUU